GCUUGUGACUUCCUGUUUGGGUGCCGCAGCUGGAAGAAAAAUGGCAGCUGAGACAGGGAGAUACAGGAGUGCAGUUAGCAAAAACAAAGACCCCUCUGGUCUUCUCAUCUCUGUCAUAAGGACUCUGUCCAGCAGUGAUGACGUGGAGGACAGGGAGACAGAGAAGGGCCGUCUGGAAGAAGCCUUUGAGACAUGUGACAGGGAUUUAGAUGAGCUGAUCGUUCAACAUUAUGCUGAACUCACCACCGCCAUCAGGACCUACCAGAGCAUCACCGAGCGCAUCACCAGCUCCCGCAACAAGAUCAAACAGGUGAAGGAGAACCUCCUGUCUUGUAAGAUGCUGCUCCACUGCAAAAGGGACGAGCUGAGGAAGCUGUGGAUAGAGGGCAUCGAGCACAAGCACGUCCUCCAGCUCCUGGAUGAAAUCGAAAGCAUCAAGCAGGUGCCUCAGCGGCUGGAGGCCUACAUGGCGAGCAAGCACUACCUUCAUGCCACAGAUAUGCUGGUGUCAGCUGUGGACUCCUUGGAAGGCCCCCUGCUGCAGGUGGAGGGGCUUGGAGAUCUGCGCCUGGAGCUCCACAGCAAGAAGCUCAACAUCCACCUGGUGCUCAUUGAUGAGCUGCACCGACACCUCUACAUUAAGUCCACAAGUCGCCUGGGACACAAGAACAAGGACAAAAAUGCUGCUCGCCUUCCAGGUUCCACAACCAAAGACACAUCUCCAAUGCCAGUGUUGGAUGUCAGCAGCUUGUCCACCCCGCGCAAGCUCUUGGAUUCAUCACAGUUCAGCACACCUGGAUCCAGCAGUGUGCGUGAGCUGCAGCAGGAUGUGCGGGAGUUGAACCAAGCAGACCUCUCUGAGGUGGAUCCAGAGGAAAAUAGUGCUGAGUUCAUGGGCAUCCUUAUCAAGGCUCUGGCCAAGUUGAAGAAAAUCCCGGAGACCAUCAAAGCCAUAAUGGAGCGGCUGGAACCUGAGCUGAAGCAGAUCGUCAAGAGGUCCACCACUCAGAUAGCAGACCACGCUUACCAGAGAGGAGAAAACUUGGCCCAGGAGAGCCAGCCGAGGCUGCUGCUGGAACUGCUGGAGCUCCUGUUUGAUAAGUUCAAGGCAGUGGCCCAGGCUCACAGCGUAGUGUUGGCCCACCUGCAGCAGAUCGCCGUGCAGUGCCCAGGCGGGGCCCACGAGGAGGGCAUCAAACUCUACGAGCAGGCUGACGUCUCUGCCAAGAUCCAGACAGUGCUGCAGGUUCUGCUGAUGGAAUAUCUGGACGUGAAGAACAGCCGCAGUGCCACAGAGCCAUCGGCUCAGCUCUCCUACGCCAGCACUGGCAGCGAGUUUGCUGCCUUUUUUGCGAAGAAAAAACCACAGCGUGCCAAGCAGUCGCUCUUCAAGUUCGAAUCAUCUUCCCAUGCCAUCAGCAUGAGUGCCUACUUGAGAGAGCAGAGGCGAGAACUCUACAGCAAGAGUGGAGAAUUGCAAGGUGGUGCUGAUGACAACCUGAUUGAAGGAGGAGAGAUGAAGUUUGUGUGUAAACCGGGAGCGAGGAACAUCACUGUCAUCUUCCAGCCUCUUCUCAGGUUCAUUCAGGAGAUAGAGAUGAACAUGGGGCCAGGUCAGGCCAAGCAGUGCCAGCUCCGAGCCUUCCUCACUUACUACAUUAAUGACCUGUUCCUCAACCAGGUGCGAACAGAGAUCAACAAGGAAAUUGAGGCAGUGAGUAAGGCAUCUGACCCACUGAAGAUCCUUGCCAGCGCUGAUACCAUGAAGGUUCUUGGCGUCCAGAGACCCCUGCUGCAGAGCACGGUGGUGGUGGAGAAGUCAAUCCAGGAUCUAAUGAGCCUAAUGCAAGACCUGAGUGCCUACUCCAACCAGUUCCUAGAGAUGGUCUGCGACAAGCUCAAAGAGUACAAGGAAAUCUGCAACACAGCCUACAGGGGUAUAGUCCAGUGUGAGGAAAAGCUCACCAUCAGUGCUUCCUGGUCGAAAGAUGAGGACAUCAGCCGUCUGCUCCAGUCGCUUCCGAACUGGGCAAAUAUGGCUCAGCCGAGACAGACGCGACAGAAGAGGGAGGAUGAAGAGGACUUUACUCGGGCGGCUUUUGCUAAGGAGUCAGAGGUGCUGACCGGGAACCUGGGAGACAAGUUAAUCCCCCAGAAUGAGAUCCUGCGGGAUGUCAGUGACCUGAAGGCUUUGGCCAACGUUCAUGAGAGCAUGGAGUGGCUCGCUGGUCGCCUCAAGACAUUCUUCACCAACCUGCCUCAUGCUUCCAGUGCGUCUCCGUGCUCAGCAGACAGCCAGGUGGUUGGUGAGAGCGAGCGGAGCAGAGAGCAGAUUCUCCAGACCCUAAGCGACCUGUCCAGGGGCUUCCAGGACAUUGCAGACCGCUGUCUUCUGGUAUUGCAUCUGGAAGUCAGGGUGCAUUGCUUCCAUUACCUGAUUCCCCUGACAAAGCAAGGCAAUUAUGCCAUUGUGGCUAAUGUGGAGAGCAUGGACUAUGACCCGCUGGUGGUCAAACUGAACAAGGACAUCUCAGCCAUAGAGGAGGCCAUGGGGGCCGCCCUGCAGCAGCACAAGUUCCAGUACAUCUUUGAAGGUCUGGGUCAUCUUAUCUCUUGUAUUCUAAUCAACGGCGCCCAGUACUUCAAGAGGAUCAGCGAGUCUGGCAUCAAGAAGAUGUGCAGGAACAUUUUUGUCCUCCAACAGAACCUCACUAACAUCACCAUGUCCAGGGAGGCCGACCUCGACUUUGCCAGGCAGUACUAUGAGAUGCUGUACAACACUGCAGAUGAGCUGCUGAAUCUGGUAGUGGACCAGGGUGUCCGCUACACCGAGCUGGAGUACAUCAACGCCCUGUCCUUACUCCACCGCAGCCAAACAGGUGUGGGGGACCUGAGCACCCAAAACAUCCGGCUGCAGAGGCUGAAGGAGAUCAUCUGUGAGCAGGCCGCCAUCAAACAGGCCACCAAGGACAAGAAGAUCACUACAGUGUAACGAGAAAAGAGGACAGGGUCCAAAAGGGAGGUUGAUCAUAGAUAUAGAAAUGUAGAUCCUUCAUUGGCUGCUGAAUCUUCAGUCAAUGUUGCCGCCAUAUUGGAGAGUGUAGGGCUCACCUUUGAAGAAAUGUUGUGUUUUUUCUGGUUAAAAAGUACUAUAAUUUUUACAUUUCUCUCUCAACUGAUUGCAAUGAGUCAUUUUUCCAUUUAAAGGUUUCUGAUCGAUGUGUUGUCGAAAUGUAAGUUUUGUUUCCAGUGAAUUGGAAUCUCAGUAUUUAGGUUAUAAUUUAUUGUCAUAAGGUAUUGUGCAGCUCACAUUUUUAACCAUGGAUUAGACUUAUUUUCCUGUUAAUACAUGUGGACACGUCCCUAUAGAAUAGAAUUAAAUGUGGUAGUAGACAGCUUUUCAACUAGCUAGCCUGUAGCUUGCUAACACUGUCUGUUUAUCAUGAACUUUUUGAUCCUAGCAAAAUAUAGUAACUUUCACCACCAUCAUUUUUAAGUGCCACCACAAGAAAACAUGUUCUUUGUUUAUGUAAUAUGAUGUGCGUUUCGAUUGGUUUUCAUCUGCACCCUACACAAUCCUGGGAAAAUGAAGGCUUGCUAAGGUUAGCGCGCUAGCUAUGUUAGCUAUCUCCGGCAGCAGAAACAAACAUCUAUGAUCUAUUGUUUGAUAACCUAAUCAAAGAAUAUGUUUUCUUGUGGUGUCCUUUCUAAAAUGAGCACUGGUGAAAGUUACUAAAUUCUGUUCAGAUCAAGUAGUUGAUGAUUAGCAGACAGUGUUAGCUGGCUAGCUCGCUAGCUAGCUGACAGUUGUCUUCCUCCACAUUGAAUAUGUUAUACAGUCGUGGUUUUCAAACUCUUUGUGCCCAAGACACACCAAAGGGCAAGCCAAAAUCUGAAGGCACACCUUUUUUUGUUUGUUUUUAGUCACUAAUAUCAAAUAACAAUUGACAACCAACUAUUACUCUUGAAAUAUUUAUUAAUAAAAUGAUUCAAGAAAUUAAUUAAAUAAAAUUGAAUUACUUUUUUUUAGGUAAAGUUUGCCUCUUUAUUAGAAAAUGGGUGUGCAUAACAUACUCAUAUAGUCAACUUAAAAAUUCAUCCAUAACUUUUUGUAUAGACCCAGUUUAAUAUUGCAAUAGUAAUGUUUGGUUAUCAUAAAAUCCUGCGACACACCUGUGCCAUGGCACACCAUUUGAGAACCACUGUUAUACAGGGAUGUCUCCAAAAUUAUUAGCCGAGAUAAGUAAGCCAAAUCCAUGCUGGAAAAGCAAGUUUUUAUAAUUCCUGACGAGAAAUUAUUUACCAACAAGUUACAUUAAGUAAUUCAGUUCAUGUAAGCCUAACACACACUUCUUUCUUGAGCUUCUAGCAGCAAUUAUAGCCUCAAUAUCAAAAUUCUCAUUUACUUGAGACAAAACUUUUUUUUCCUACUACAUGUAGAUCAUAAACCAACGGAUAUAAACACAAUUUAUUGCAAUUGGUUAAGGAAUAUAAAUGUUAUAGAGCUUUAUAUAUAAAAAAACCUACUAGUCUUGCUCUUUCUAAUAUGACGACCAUGUUGACGUAUGACUGAAAUGAGCUGACACAGUCAAUGCUGCGUCUACAUCUAUAUGUCUAUGGGAUAUAUGACCAAUCAAGAAACCUCUGUCCUGCAACUUUUUGUUUCUGCUCCUCCAGGAACAUGUGCGCCAUAUAAUUAGGUCAAGUAUGCAAGAGUAAGGAAUGAUAGAGCAAAAACUAGCAGGACAGAGGGUUUUUAAGAAUUGGGUUAGAAAACACUGAAAUAGAGUCUUUCUCCAGACAUACAUCACAACUUGUGUGAAAUCUGUUGAUGGAAAGUGUGUCUUCUCCAUUUCAUCUCUCUUGGUGUGAUGAAACGCACUGUAGUCGAGGGCUGACACAGAUAUACUUUCCAACUCUGGGCAUGUAAGUUAUAUAUAUAUCAGCCUAUGAAGCACUGGCUCACUCUAAUUGGGAAGCGGGGUGACAGCCAACACAACUGCAAACUUUGCAAGUUUAGUUCGCCGUGUAUCUAUGUCAUAAGGUAGCCUGUGUUGUCAAUUUACACUUUCUAAAAGUCACGACAAAUGCAGCUGCCGCGCUUCGACUCCAGCAGUCCCCCCUGCUCGCCGUGACUCCAGCUCCAGAUAAAAAGGCGAUUGUCUUGGACACUCACCCGAACUUAGGCCCCAUCUCAUCUCAUUUUCCUAUUAGAUCUAAACUGCUGCUCUCAAUUACACCUCUAUCUCUCCUCUCCUGGCAGCCCCAUGGGCCCACUGAUUCUGUCUGCAAUAACAGAUGCCAGAUUAGGCUGUCUGAAUGAGGCCACAUCUUCCGCCUGCUGCCAAUUUGGGUUGGUCCCCAAAGAUUCCCCUAGCUGAGAAUUGUAUCAUAUCUAUGGCUGUUAAAAAUCUGUUUAUCCGUCUCUUUUUCCUUAUAGUUUGUGCGGUAAACUAGUGUGGAAAGUUGUGAGCUGUUUUUUUUAUAUACAAAUUGGACAACAGAGACUGACUAAUGAAGAUAUUUUUGCCGAUUUCAGUUUCAUCCUUACUUAAAACAGACACAAGGUUUAUCUGAAAUGUUAUUUUUCAAGUCCAGCAUUCCACAGUGGAGUGACUUGCACUUUUGUGCUACUGCUUGUGUGCGGGAAUACAUUUCAUCAGUCAUACUCACUCAAUAAACUGAAACGAUGCAAUUCUGAAUCUUUAUUUUGUCGUCCUUACUACAAGUCUUUUAACGCGAACCGAACAUAUAAACUCGAUAGGAGAUCACAAAUCAUUCGCCUCCCCGCAACCCUCCCUGUUUUUAGUUCAUUAACUUGGGAGAGAAGUACUUAACGAGAGCAGGAGAGGGGAAUGGGAGCCUUGUCAAUACGGCGGGCCCGGCGCUGGUCUCCCCAAAGCCCACACAGCAAUCCAUCAUAAUGACACAUAGGCUGGGAUCGAUGGGAAAACAACUGCGGAGCUGCUGAGGGGUUCGCGUACCACUCUGAAACGUACACUUGGUGUAAAAUCUAAAAUGUGCUCAUUCAGCUGUUCACUUCAGAGCUACUUUUGUAAUGUCAUACAAGGGAAACUUUAAUACAAUGUUAACUGAGUGUGUCAUGUCACACACAGAUACUAUUAUACUAUUAUCCCACUGCACACACACAUAACCCCUAAAAGUCCAGGAGGCUUAUGUAUUGGAAAUACUCCAUGUGUGUAAGUACAAACCACUCCUGCUGUCCAUGCUUUAUAUUCAUGAAUGAAAUAUGUAUUCAUUUUUUACUCAUCUGCUUUUCUUUUUCUUUGCAGUCAACCUUUAAUUUGCACAGUUUGAUUCGAGUAAUUUCUGUUUCAAGUAAGAAUGUAUUGAAAUCUAUACAUCAAAAUGUAUUAAUCUAAAACAUCCUCAUUGUCCCUCUUCUUCUUGAGUGUCAUAAAUGCUCUGACACGUUUGUCUACUCUAAAUUAAGCACACGGGAUUUGUCAUUGCACACACUAACACAUUGAAAAAAUAAAGCCUUCAAAUUCCA